AUGUUCCGCUUCCUCCUCCUCGCGCUGUGCCUCGCGCUCGCCGCCGCCUUCACCGCGCCGGCGUCUGCGCUCCGCGGCUUGCGGAGCAGCAUUGUCAUGUCUGGCCCCAACUCCAACUGCGACUCUGAGCUGGACGACUCUGAGGAGGCAACCGCGCUGGCCGCGCUUGUGCAAUCGCUGCGGCGGUUAGCCGACUGGGCCUCCCUCGAGCCGGCGUGGCGGCAGUUCCGCCACGCCAGGGGCGGCGGCGACGCGUGCGCGCUCGCCUACCUCCGCACCGGCGGCAACGAUCCUGAGGCGGCGGCAGUGCGCAUUGCCGACACGCUCUCGUUCCGACAGGCGAAUGGCCUCGUCGCGGACGACGCCGAGCUCUGGAGAGCUGUGGAGGAGCACCCGGCGAGGGACCGGUGGCCGUUCGCCUACCUGCCCGGCAGCGAGGUGCCAGACGGGAGCCCUGUCUGCUACGCGAGGCUGUCGCAGCUGCAGGUGGCGGCGACGCUCGCCGCGUUUGACGAGGAGGAGCUGAUGCACUUCGUCGCGCUCUGGUUCGAGGGCGCGCAGCGGCUGCUCGGCGACAGCAGCCGGCGGCGCGGCGAUCCCGUCCGCGGCACGUACGAUGUGUACGACUGCGCCGACCUCUCUGCCUGGAGCUUCCUCUCGGAGGUGCGAGCCCACCGGCCGGCGAUCAAGCGCAUCUUCGCCAUUGGGAGCGAGCACUUCCCCGACCUGCUCUACAAGUGCUACGUCCUCAACGCGCCCACCGUCGCCGCGCUGGUCUGGCGGUGCGUCGCGCCCUUCAUGAGCGAGCAGGCGCAGGCCAAGGUCUGCAUCUCCCGCGGCGUGCCGCCAGAGCUGGCCGAGGCGCUCGGCGGCGAGGCGGCGGUGCGACGCAUGGUGGCGCUCGUGUCAGAGGAGGGGGAGGGGGUCGCGUGAAGGCUGGACGCGUUAACGAGCGGAUAAGCCCGAUCAAAAGAAAA